UGUCAGACUGAAUGGCAACACUACUGCCCAACAGUUUUCUACGUCAGUUCAUACAAAAAUAUACAUUAAAACGUAUAAAAUUCUAUAGUUAAUCCACAUAAAAAAAAGUAAAGUUGUAAAAGUUUAGAGAAGUACUUGGAACUAUUUAAGAGUAAUACCUUAGACAAUGGCUGUCCCGACAGUAACCAUGGGCAUACAAAGCACAGCAGGUGCUGUGCCUGUGCGUAAUGAAAAAGGAGAAAUUUCAAUGGAAAAGGUAAAGGUCCAACGUUAUAUAUCAGGCAAAAGACCAGAUUAUGCCAAAGAAAAUUCCAGCUCCGAAGAAAGCGAUUUGGAAGACUUUCUAGAUAGCCGCCGCCGCCAAUUGGCGGCUACCCAACACGAUAAACGUUAUCGUAGACAUGACAAAGAAGAUCCCACUCGAAAAGAACCAUCCGAUCACGAUGAAACUGUGGAAGAAAUAGAUGAUCCACGGUUACGCCGUUUAAGAGCUCGUCCAAUUGAAGCUGAAGUAUUAGAACAGGAACGCAUGGAACGUCAUCGCCACAUACACGAGCCAGAACUUUUGGAAACAGAUAGCGAAGAAGACAAUGAAGAAAAUAAGAAUGAAAAUGGGGAGCAGCAAAAUAUUGAGAGAGUCACCAAUAAAAUUACCCUCGCCUCGGAAUCAGAUACGGAUUCAGAAUUAAGUGAAACUGAACUCGAACAAAAACGUUUGAAGCUUAGACAGCGUAUGUUGCAGCAACAAAAGGAAGAGGAAAUCUUACAAAAAGAAGAGGAAAAACAAUCGGAAUCGUCGGACACCGAAAGCUCAGAAUAUGAAGAGGAAACCGAAAGCGAAGAAGAGAAUGAACCUCGCCUGAAACCAUUAUUUGUGCGUAAAAAAGAUCGGGCAACGAUUCAAGAAAAAGAACGUGAAACGUUAAGACAGAAGGAAAUAGAGAUUGAAACCAAGCGGCUUGCUAAAGAGAGGCGCAGACAAACCUUACGUUUAGUAGAAGACAGUAUUAAAAAAGAUUUGGAAAAAUCGAAGCCAGAAACUGCCGAACCAAGUAUAGAUGACGUCUGUACCGACGAUGAAAACGAUGAAGUGGAAUAUGAAGCAUGGAAAUUGCGGGAACUGAAACGCAUGAAACGUGACCGUGAAGAAAGAGAGAAUGCGGAACGUGAACAAUUGGAAAUUGAUCGUCUGCGUAAUCUUACUGAUGAAGAACGACGUCAGGAACUACGUCAAAAUCCUCGCGUCAUUACGAAUAAGGCCACGAAGGGCAAAUAUAAAUUCUUGCAGAAAUACUAUCACAGGGGAGCUUUCUACUUGGAUGAAGAAAACGAUAUAUUGAAACGUGACUUCGCUCAAGCCACUCUCGAAGAUCAUUUCGACAAAACUAUACUACCGAAAGUGAUGCAAGUAAAGAAUUUCGGUCGCUGUGGCCGUACAAAAUAUACCCAUUUAGUCGAUCAAGACACUACAAAAUUCGAUUCACCAUGGUUUGCUGAAACUGCGAACAAUAUUAAAUUUCACAAUGAACGUGCUGGGGGCAUGAAACAAGUGUUUGACAAGCCUUCACUAUCAAAACGCAAAAAAUUAGAAUAAAUUUCUUUUAGCUUUAAAUCUACUGAGCUUUAAUUCGAAUUCUAAUCGUGUACAAUUUAACGAAGACAAUUUCAACUAAGUAGGAACGAGAUACCCAAGUACGUAUGAAAUCUGUAUGUAUUUGACCUACAAAAUUUGUGCUUUUGUAAAACUAGAAAUUUAAUAAACGGUUAAGAUUUAGUUUCAUUAUUCAGUCGCAAUUUUUCUUCUUUUAUGGCCGCAUACAACAUAAUACAAUGCAAAUGCAUUUAAAAUCGACUUCCAAAUGCACUGAAAGUGCUAAGAUCUCAAUUGAAAAAAAAAGAGAAAUUAUAAACGGCAUAAUGCCAAUCGCUCGGUUAUUUGUAGGUUAUUAAGAUAAAUUUAAGA